AUGAGCUCCAUGCUCCGGUUUCUUGAGUCAGAUCCAGGCAUUGACAUGGCAGAUCUAGCCUGGACAUUGAUGCGCAAGCAGGCUGUCCUGCCCGUUCGACACGCAAUCCCCAGCCACACGCGCGAGGGGGCGUGUCUCGCACUUCAAGCAGCCAUCAAAGAGAACCUAGGCAUAGAAUCCAGUUCUAACCGUAGCAACAAGGGCCCGCCCCAGAUAUUGGGCAUCUUUACCGGACAGGGUGUACAGUGGCCAGGCAUGUGCAAAUCGCUUCUAGCCUCCAUCCCUUGGACGCGCGAGAUCAUAGAUGAAUUGGAUGCCUCUUUGCAGACACUUCCUACAGUAUACCGUCCAACUUGGACGCUUCGACAGCGACUUUGUUGCGAUGAUGUCGAGUCUCAGCCGACGGAGGCGAGAUUCUCACAGCCGCUCUGCGCCGCCGUUCAACUCGUGCUUCUCAGGCUGCUUGAGGCUGCAGGUAUUAAGUUCACGACUAUUGUCGGUCACAGCUCAGGAGAAAUUGUUUGUGCGGCUGCUGCGGGAUACAUCACGCCUUUUCAGGCCAUUCGCAUCGCUUACCUGCGCGGGCUAGCCGUCACCACGUCCGACCCUGAGCCUACUUACGGCGCCAGAGGUGCGAUGAUCGCAGCCGAGAUUACACACGAGGACGCGGAAGAGUUGUGCAACCUUGAAGACUUUGAAGGACGGAUCUGCGUUGCGGCGUAUAACGCGCCAACCAGCGUGACGAUAUCUGGUGAUGCCGAUGCUUUGCAACAUGUCGAGGCCAUUCUCAAGGACGAAGGAAAAUUCACGAGAUUCCUACGCGUCGAUAAAGCCUAUCACUCUCAUCAUAUGGCUCAGUUUAGCGACGCAUACACCAAAUCUCUCGUCGAAUGUGGCUGUGCCGCCAAUCCCGCGUCUAAGACGCCAGACUCGUCUUCGCCUGUUGCAUGGUACUCGUCCGUAUACGAUGGUAGACUCUUGAAAUGUACGGACAUCACAGCAGAAUACUGGGCAGCAAACCUCGUCUCCCCGGUCCGUUUUUCACAGGCUGUCGAGCGUGCAGUGAGCGAAUACCACGUCGCUUGUGGCGUUGAAGUGGGUGCCCAUCCGGCUCUGAUGCGUCCUACUACUGCAACCAUUCAAGCCAUCUCCGGCACGGAUCUGCCGUACACAGGAUGCAUGAAACGAAGUCAAGAUGACACGGAUGCAUUUGCGGAAGCAUUAGCCUAUCUCUGGGAGCGGUUUGCCAGCUUCAACAUACCCAACGCUGAUAGCUUCAUGAGAACGGUUUCGCCUUCAUCAUGGCCUCGCAGAAGCCUAACCAAGGUUGUUCCGAGGUACUCAUGGGACCACACGCGAUCACAUUGGACCGAAACACGUGCUACGAAAGCUUUUCUUGCCGGACCAGCUCCCCAUCUCCUACUUGGUUCUCUUCUUCCGACGAGUACAGACUCGACGUUCCAAUGGCAGUCCUUCAUCAAGCCCCAAGACGACAAGUGGCUUGAGGGUCACGACCUUCAGGGCCAACCUAUCCUCCCCGCUGCCGGAUACGUCGCGAUGGCCAUGGAAGCAGCUCUGCACGUGACAAGAAAGCGAGUUGCGCAAGACGUUAAAGUCACUGUGCUCGAGGUCCUGGAUCUGAGUAUCGAUAAGGCCAUUUCGUUCGACGACAAGAAUAGCAUGGCCGAGCUACUUGUCACGCUUAAAGUGACACACCAGAGCGCCGAGCAGCUGGAGGCGGAAGUUCAUAUUGACUCUGCUCUUGAUAGAGAAACGAAACCCUCCAAUUCGGCGAGUGGACGCGUUGUUGCCACAUUUGGCUCUCCCUCAAUGUGUUUGCCGCGGCGAGGCUUAAAUGAACCACUGCACCCCAACGACAUCGACAUCAGCAGCUUCUACAGAGAACUCGAACUUCUGGGUCUCGACUACACCAAGAAGUACCGUGGUGUCCUUGAGUUGCGCCGAGCAGAUGGCAGGGCAGCGGGACGGCUCUCGCAGUACCGACUUGGAAACAGUUCCGAGCAGGACAUCCUCCUUCACCCAGCCACGCUGGAUACGGCUUUUCAGGCCAUCAUGGGCGCCUUUUCGUACCCUGGUGACAAGGCUUUGAGGUCCACGGUUGUCCCUGUACAUAUUGACAGGAUUGCUUUGGUCCCUGGAGCUUGUGCAUCCGCAUUGGGCUCUCAUGAUGAAGUUAGUAUGCGUUUCAACGCUACAUGCUCGUCCUUCAAAGACUCGAUUCUUUCUGGAGAUGUCGAGGUCUUUGAUGAUAAUUCUGCUAUCCUUUUUCAAGUGGACAACAUCGUUCUUCAACCACUUUACAAACCGGAUCCAUCUAGUGAUCAUCUCAUGUUCACCAAAACGGUGUGGGGCCCUUAUUCACCUAAUCGCAUCCUAGACCGUCCCGAGUUUUGGGCUACUGCUGAGGACAAGCGAAUGAUACCUAUCAUCGAGCGCAUUGUAUACCACUAUGUGAAGGAUUUUCUAAAUACACUCACACAAGAGGACCGUCAGAAUGCAAGCCCCGGACUCCAGAAGUACAUUCACUGGAACGAGCAGGUGUUGGGGAAAGCUCGAGAAUGGAAGACUACCUUUUAUGAGCCGAACUGGGAGAUGGACACAUCGGCUGAUGUGCAAAAGCUCUGUGAGGAAAAUUGGUAUCACCCCUACGUCCGUCUCGUCAAGAGGGUCAGCGAGAACGCCAUCUCCACAAUCCGCGACAAUACGAACCCUUUUCAUUGGAUGAACGCGGAUGGACUUCUUAGCGAGUUCUAUGCCAGUCCUCUCAGUAAUGGACCAUGUUGGAAUUACGGCCAAGAUCUUGUUGGCCAGAUUUGUCAUCGUUUUCCCAACAUGAACAUCCUGGAAAUCGGCGCCGGUACCGGCUCAGCUACACGUUACGUUCUCAAUAUCCCCCAGCUGGGAUUCAACAGCUACACCUUUACCGACAUCUCAGCGACCUUCUUUGACAAGGCUCGUGAGGUCUUCUCGCAGCACAAAGAUCGCAUGGACUUUCGGAAGCUGGACAUCACUCGGGAUCCGGCGGAGCAAGGCUUUACACCCCACUCAUAUGAUCUCGUAAUCGCGUCGUCUGUUCUCCACGCAACACCUCGUCUCGUAGAUACUAUGACGAACGUAAGGUCUUUGCUCAAGCCGGGAGGCCAUGUAGUCAUCGCGGAAGCCACGUUUAAAGAGUAUCUACGCACCAGCUACAUCUUCGGUCUCUUUCCAGACUGGUGGGCUGGCUACGAAGAAGGCCGCGUCCUCGACCCUUUUGCAUCAUAUGAGGAAUGGAACAGCAUCCUGAAGCGAUCUGGGUUCUCGGGUAUUGACAGCCGCACAUCCGAUCGCGAAAGCUGGGUUUUCCAAAACUCGCUGUUUAGUGCGCACGCCAUCAACCCCAAAGUGCAGCGGCUAGACAGCCCCCUUCUCAAGGUGCCCAAUGGUCAAAACCACGGAGCGGAUAUGCCGCAGCUUGUUUUCGUUGGCGGCCUCUCUGAUCGCUCGUCAGCUUUGCUCAGCAAGCUUCAAGACAAGUUGACCCACCGUCGAAUCUUACGGCUUGACUGCUUGGAGACUAUGGCCAAGCAGGCAGCACAGCUGGAAAUAGGGUCCACGUUCGUCGUGGUCUCAGAGCUUGACGACGAAGUGUUCGGCAAUCUCAACGACGUCAAGCUCGAAGCUGCCAAGUCGCUUCUCUCCGGUGAUUACGCCAACGUCGUUGUCUGGAUCACAGAGGCGGCUUUCACGCACAAUCCUCGGCAGGCUAUGACCAUUGGCCUCCUUCGGACGAUACAGCUCGAGAACCCACAGAUCAACAUCCUAAACAUCGACGUAGACAACGCCGAACAUUUAGACUAUCCCGCACUUAUUGCCGAGCACGUUGCCCAGCUCGAAGAGACGACAAAACCACCUGAAGACAGCAGUGGUUUAUUAUGGUCCCACGAGCCCGAGAUGUAUCUCGUCGACGGGCGUACUUGGAUCCCUCGCAUCAAGCACGAUGCAGCACGGAACAACCGCUUGAACUCUGCUCGCCGUGUUAUUCUCUCCGAUGCCCGGUCAAAUGAUACUCCCGUACGCCUCCGACUAUCUGCUGAUGGCGCGUCUUCGUACCUUGAGUUCAUGGACACGAUGGUUAACCCUCGUCUAUCAUCUGCGCCGUCUUUGGUCUCGGGUAUAAAUGAUGGCCUAGUUGAAGUCCACGUCCACUUUGCUCUCACCGGGGCGAUUCGGGUUGAUAGACUAGGCUUCUUCCAUCUAUGUCAGGGCUUUGUCACGGAAACCAAGACGCCCGCAGUGGUGCUGGCAGACAGCAACGCAUCCAUCGUCCGUCUUCCGCGCAGUCGGGUCUUUCCCUUGCCGUCUGGAGGCAAAUGUAUUUUGCACCAUGUUGUGGCCUCCGUCAUAAGUCAUGGUGUCAUGAGCAGCGCGGUUCCCGACACCACUAUUCUCGUUUUUGACGCACCGCGGUUCUUUGCGGAUGUCAUUGCAAGACAAGCCAAGGAGAGGAGUAUCGAGGUCCACUUUGCCACCAGUCGACAAAUAACAGGGGCAGAGCUCAGCUCGGGUUCCUCAUGGACAUAUCUAGAGCCAUGGGUAUCAGAAAGAACGCUCAAGAAAAUGAUCACCGCGAACGUGUCUGUUUACUGCGACUUCUCAUCUGCAACAGAGCACACAUCCGCAAACCUCGGGCGCCGUCUGGCCAAGAUUGAAACACCACAUUGUGCAAAGUAUGACCUUUCUCAUUUUUUUGCAGCGCAUGGGUCCGGCAAAGUACAUGAAAAUGCUCACUGUCGCGACUUUGCUAUGCGUAUUGAGAAGGCUCUUCUCGUAUCCUCUGAAGCCAGCGAUGAUCAUGUCACGGACGGAACAGCAAUUAUCAAGGUGGCUGAUUUGCAACACGGAAAAGCCCCCGUAGACCUCCUCACUAUCUUUGACUGGAGGACUGACGGCACAGUCCAAGCCCGACUCCGUCCUAUUGACGCCGGGAACUUACUCGCUCCAGACAAGACCUACCUUCUUGCCGGGCUUGCCAAAACGAUGGGCCGUUCGUUGGCUCGAUGGAUCGUCACACAUGGCGGUCGCUACGUCGUACUAUCUAGUCGCCAUCCAGAAGUCCCAGACCCUAGAUGGAUCAAAGAUAUGGAGGAGCUUGGGGGGCAUGUGACAGUCUUACCAAUGGAUUUGUCCAACGAGAAAGACUUGGAUGCGGGUCUGUCCAAAAUACGCGAGACUUUGCCACCAAUAGGAGGGAUCGCGUAUGGCCCUUUAGUCCUCCGCGACACGAUGCUACAGAAUAUGAGCUUGGCGGACAUGAAUUUGGUGCUGGAUUCCAAAGUUGUCGGCGCACGUCUUCUCCAUGAACGAUUCUGCGACUCAAAAACAGAGACGCCUUUGGACUUUUUCAUCAUGUUCUCGUCCGGAGCCACAGUAGGGGGGAACCCCGGCCAGAGCAAUUACAACGCGGCCAACGCUUAUUUGCAGGCCCUCGCACAGUACCGACGAGCCAAGGGGCUAGUGGCCUCGACAAUCCAUGUGGGUGCCGUGAUGGGCAUCGGAUAUCUUGCCCGAACGCAUUUCGACGAACAACUUCUGAAAGUCCACGACAUGGGCAAGCUCGCAGAGAAAGACUUUCACACACUGUUUGCCGAAGCCAUCGUAUCAGGACGCUGCGCACUUGGGCAGGAGAAAAGCAACACCAACCGUAUGUCGGUCACCGAUAUGUCCGAUAUUGAAGUCAUAACAGGCUUCCCGGUAUUUGAGGCAAAGAACAAGAACUCCUUCAAAUUAUGGGAUAACCCUCGAUUUGGUCAUCUUCGGACACCCGAAAAUAGUCUGAGUCAUGUGGGCGAAGGGUCGUCAGCCAGCAGGGUCUCAAUCAAGGAACGAUUGCGCGAAGCAACAACUGUGGACGAGGCCAAAGAAGCCAUCAUUCAUGGACUGGCUCAGAAGACACGCGACAUACUACUUAUUCCUGCGGACCAAAUUGUCAAUCUUAGUGUCGCACUUCUUGACCAGGGCAUAGACUCGCUUGGUGCUGUCGCAGUAUCUGGAUGGUUCUCACAAGAACUGUUGGUCGACAUACCAAUCUUGCGGGUGCUCAGUGGUGCUUCUCUUGAAGACCUUGCUGAGGAAGCUGUCAAACGACUCCCACGCGACGCUUUACCGCUGAUAGUUCCCGACCCCGAAGAAUGCCAACCAGAGGCAGCAGAAGGGUCAAGUAGCCAGAGCAGCCCGACCUCGAGCAGCGCCAACUUUUCGUUGCCAUCUCGAAAGCAGUCAGUUGAAUCUGACGCGAGCAGUGUGAUCUGGCACGGAGGCGGCGAAAACAAAGCCAGCUCGAUGACGUUGAAUCGGCAUCCCCUGUCGCUAGGGCAGAAGUAUGUGUGGAAGCUGCAACAGCUGCUCUCGCAUGAUCGUACCAUCUUCCACAAUACCAUCGCCUACUUUUUCGAAGGCUACAUAGAUUUGCAACGGUUGAGUACUGCCGUGGAUGAAGUCCUUCAUAGGCACGAAAUCCUUCGCACUGCUUUUCUCACCAACCCCGAGCCCGAUACGGGCGAUGAUGCUUUCCAAGUUGUACUGGAGAAGCCGACAUGGAGUUUGAAAUGCACAGCAGUCGCCAAUCAAGCAGCAGCCACAGAGGCAAUGAAGCAGCUGCACGAGGAGCCGUAUGAUCUAGAGUCUGGCAGGCCGUUUAAAAUUGUCGAUUUCCACUGGUUGUCUUCCCACCGUCAUCUCCUAGUCAUCGCCUAUCACCGACUCGCUGGCGAUGGCGCGACCACGUCUUUACUGCUCUCCGAGAUUUCUGCCCUCUACGACGGCGCAGUGCUCCCGGCUGCCGUUCCGCAGUUCUCCAAGAUUACCAUGAGGCAGCGCGCCGACUAUGAGCAGGGACGGUUAGAUGCUGACAUUGCCUACUGGAUCUCCCAGUACGACAAUAAUAAUGCAGUACCCGUCAUGCCUGUUCUUGAUCUACCGCACUGUCAAUUACCCGACCGGAGCAACGGGCCCCCGUCAUCUUGGCUUCAGCACACAGGCGUCUUCCGCCUCAGUUCGGCCGUGUCCGCACAAGUCAAGCAGGCGGUGCGGGAGCAAAAGGUCUCCCGUAUGCAGUUUUUCAUGGCAGUUUACGCUGCACUCCUGACCGAGUUAACGACCAAGUCGAGCAGCAGGGAGGCUGUGGCUACCAAGGACGACUGUAAUGAUGAUGACGCAAGAACGAUAACCAUCGGCAUCGCAGACACGAACCGCGCGACGAUGGAGGACAUGGCCGCGAUGGGAUUCUUUGCCAACUAUUUGCCUGUACGCAUAGAGACAAGAGAAAAGGAAGGCAUGUCACCACUGAGUCCUUUCCAACAGCUCGGCGUCAUCAAGAAGGCGAUGCGCGGGGCAAUGCAGCACGCGCGCGUACCGUACAGCGUGUUGCUGGAGCGGCUGCCAGUGGUCCCGAGUCUCGAAAUGCCACCCAAAGAUUGGCCGCAUGCGCCGCUUUUCCAGGCCGUUUUCGACUAUGCUGGGGGCGGGAUUGAGAGCGUGCACAUUGGCGAUGCAGUUAUCACCGAGCAUGGCGGCUUGCAGGCUUCUGAGCUUGUCGCGCGCGAACGAACGCCGUAUGAUGUGGUGCUUGAGAUUUGGGACGACGCGGCGCGUGAUCCGCUGGUGAUUGUCAAGUUACAAUCUUCGCUUUAUGGUUCCGAGGACGUGACUGUUUUCUACAAUGCUUUCGUUGAACUUCUGGCGACGUACUCGGCGGACCUGAUGUCACAUAGAGCAUGA